CAAAUUAUUUAUGUUUGGAAGUUGGAAGCUACUGGUACAGAACAAACCACAUAAGUACUGCAAAUACUUCUACUGCAGACUCCAGACAUAUUCCUGCGUAGCUGUCCUGUGAAUGUCCGAAAUAAUGUAUAAGUGAGACAAUAUCAAUAUGUACUGUACAAUUAAAGACAAACCUUUUGCAUAGGAACAUUAACCAUCUAUACUCUUGUUACUGGCGUUUUCUUGAAUACUUUCUCAAUAAGAAUAAACUAAAUAUUGUGACAUAGCAGCUGAUAUGUACAUUGGCUUUAGAGAAAACAUCAUCUGUUUAAUCUGAAACGAUCUGAGUGUUUAAUAGACUGGUUGCCAUGGUCAUGUCUCCUUAUGCUUUAUAUUUAUCAUUUAAAUAAAAGAAAAACCUUUUUAAUGAAGUAAAAUGAUGUAACAUGUUCUAUAACUAUACAUGUUAAUUGUUAAUAUUUUAUAAAGGAUUAAAACAAGGUGCAAUAUAUGCGCUUAAAAUUUAUAUUGUUCAAAUCACGACUUACCUUCUUAUUUAAACUUUUCGUUUUUAAAUUAGGUGUUUUGCGUCGGAUUAAAAGAUUUGAUUUGCAGCUUUAUGUCGUGAAAUAAACGAUUAAAAUCAAAAACAUACUUUACCGGAUAUUUUAACUUGAACGUCAAUUGAGUAUCACAUGCAUUAUAAUAACUGUUUUUUCUAAUGUGCAUCAUUACACUUGGCUAACUGCGUACAUUGCUACAUGUUGUAUGACGUAACAUUUCUGAAUUACGGAUUUUGUGGUUUUUCAAAAGUUUGAAACAUGAGUAUACGACAUCAUCAGCACAGACCGGACUAUGAGUUUAUCUUGCUAUUUAACCGGGCAACCGGAAGUGACAGAGUUUAUUACUUUAUGUUAGAUCCACGGACAAAAGACAGGAUGUUUCCAAAAAUGAAUACAACUAUUUUUCAUAAAUUGCGUAACCUCCUUGGGUACCGACCAGUUGUUUUAAACGGCAUGCUGUUUAUAGUAGGCGGUAAAGACUGGAUUUCCGGUGAUAUGUCAGACGGAACUUGGCGGUAUAAUCCCGACACAGGGAAGUGGAAUGCAUGCGCAAGUAUGGUUGAGCCUCGUUGUCGAUUUACCGCAGAUGUAUUAGAUGACAAAAUAUUCGUGACUGGCGGUGAAGUCAAAGGCGGGAAAGUGACGAGGACCGUCGAAUUCUAUGAUCCCGGCACGGACACCUGGACACCAAUAAAAAGCCUACCACGUCCAAGAGUUGACCAUGCCAGUUGCGUGGUCGGAGGUACAAGACUCUACGUGUCCGGUGGUAUUUCGAACAUCAAGCACCAGUGCUCGAAUGUUUUCUGGGUUUAUGACCUGCUGACUGACCAGUGGUCAGAUCCUUGUCCAGAUCUGAUAUUGCCACACGAGAGAGAAAAACAUAUCAUGGUGCCUAUAAAAAAUGACAUUUAUGUCAUGGCAGGUCGUGGGUUCGAUCAAGAAGUAUUUGCGGAGAAAGAUGAGGGACACGUUUGUAGUUAUUGUACCAAAUUUGAUGGUGAACUCAAGAGACCAAAAGCUUUUGAUGUGGAUCACCCAACCAUGUUUCAUACAAGAGUGAACCCUGCAUACAUUCAGUUAGGAAAACGAAUAUAUCUUUUUGGCGGGAAAAGUUUUCAAAAAGAUCGCGAGGUAACGGAAGUUGAUUUUUACAGCGCAAAGACCCGGAAGUGGAAGACAGUUUUCAGUCUUCCGGACAAAUACAGUUAUGCUAACUUAGACUGCGUAAAAAUGACCGUUCCAAUACACAAUAGAGAUUUUAACUUUAAUGCCGUACAACUGUAUGACAGUUGGAUAAUGUGGUAAAUACCAAAUAUAUGCCUUGCUCCGUUUUAGGGGACCUUGCUCCAGAUUCCAAUUGCUGGUGGUG